GAUUGUGUAGAGAAUGAUGACAUCAUACAAUCAGCGAAGUCAUCGUAGUGCACGGAAGCUCCUGCGCGUUGUGCAAUUCCCUUUUUUCUCCCUCGGCUUCGCUUGAUUUAGAAAGUCGGGUCCUCGACAGCUUCCUCCUCCCCGCCGCCGUCUCCAUAACACCUGCACCACGUGACGGCCACAGUCCACAAUCUGUGUACCCGAGUACCUGUCUCUUCCUUAUUAACCCCUUCCUCCUCCUCCUCCUCUCCCGAGCCGGGUCACCCUCCGCGUCUCGCUCCUGGAAUCCGCGCUCAGAUACCCCCCCCCCCCCCGAGGCUUCGCUCGUAACCCUUUCAUGUACGGGGCGGCUUCGUUUUGGGGCUAACAUGUCUUUCGCGAAGAACUCCAAGGAUCCUUUUGGCAGCCACGUCGGGCGUUUAAUAGAAAUUAACACAGCUUCGUCGAAUCGUGCAGCAGACUGGGGGCAGUUCUUUAACAUCUGUGAUGUCAUAAACUCUACUGAAGAUGGGCCAAAGGACGCCAUAAAAGCUUUCAAGAAAAGAAUUGGGAAAAACUACAAUCAAAAGGAAGUUCGUCUGAGUCUUUCUCUUUUGGACAUGUGUAUGCAGAACUGUAAACCGUCCUUCCAGUCCUUGGUGGUGAAGAAAGAUUUUUGCAGGGACGUCCUUGUGAAACUCUUAAACCCCAAAUACAAUCUGCCGCUCAGCUUUCAAAACAAGAUCCUCCACUUUAUAAAGACGUGGUCCACAGGCUCAUUGCCAGGCGUGGAUGCUACCGAGGUAAAAGAGGUAUACCUGGAUUUGAUAAAGAAAGGAAUUCAGUUCCCGUCCCUGCCGCCUAACGGAGAGAUAUCCCUGGAGACGGAGCAGGAAACCAAGUCUCCAAGUGCACCUUCAACCCCAACGCCAACCAUACAGAACCUUUCUCCUGAGCAGAUCGGUAAGCUGUACAGUGAACUGGACAUGGUGAAUAUGAACCUAAAGGUCAUGUCUGAGAUACUACUCGAGAACACGCCUGGAAAAGAGAGCCCAGACGACUUGAGUCUUCUACAGGAGCUGCACGCCACAUGUCGGGAGAUGCAGAAGAGAAUUCUAGCUCUUUUGGAGACCGUGCAGAAUGAAGAAGUGAUCGUGGAACUGGUGCAAGUGAACGAUGAUUUGAACAAUGUCUUCUUGAGAUACGAGAGAUUUUCUCGGACUAGAGCUCACCAGGCAGCAGAAAAGAGCAGAAAGGCUGAAACUGCGGUGGCAGACGAGAGAAAACCGUCGGCUCCAUCCAGUGAACUCAUCGACCUUGAAUCUUUAUCAGAACCUGCGAAUCAAGUUCCCGAGUUUGGAUUCCCGUUAUCCCACGAUUACUUCCCUGCUCGAGGGUUACCACCUGCCCCCACUCAAACUCCAGCUUACGGCGCGCAAGCCGCUCCAACCCCACCAAAUAAUUUCAUGUAUCCGCAGAUGGAUCUGCUUGAAUUAACGGAAGCCGUCAAUACACCGUUUAUGUUCGGGGCGCAGGAGCAGGUCUCAAGUCUUCCUCCCAGACACAUCUAUGAUAAUAUGUGCGUAUCCGCGCCUCUCAUCCCGGCAGAAACUAGUCUGCCCCCUGCUCUCGUACCGUUACCUAGUGAGGGUCCGCAGAAAGUGAACGGUAAAUCAGCUAAAGACAAUUUGUUACCAAACUAUUAUGAGCUCCUGGAAUUUGAUCCUCUCGUGGAGAAGAACGAACCGGAUACUGUUUAUGAAGAAAUCGACACAUCGCAGUGGAACGCAAAGGCAGCGAAAAUCGCGGUACCAUUACAAUGACGAGAAACCUAGGAGACGAAACACUAAACCCGCACAUGGCGGAAAAACUCACCGGCAACAGACUCACCGGCAACAGAAGCUCUUACUGAAUCCUCACUGCCCCAGGAGCUGACACUUUAAUAGCAAAUUGCCCCGACCAUCAUACGCACAAUAAACAAACUAUAUAAGAAACUAUAUUUAACUAAAACGGUUAAACUCCUCAAAGGAAUAUUUCUUAAAAAUAUGUAAAAUUCAUAUAUUUGUACAAGAAAAAAAUACCUCCUGGAUAUACAAAUUUUGUCCGUAUUGGAAGCUUUAAAAUCAAAAGAAAUGAGUUGAUUCUUGUAUCACAUGUGUUGUUUUUUUUUUUCUUGCUGAUUAUUAGCAAUUACCUAGCCUCGCCUGCAUAAAUUAUUAUUUUUUUUCUCUAUUUUUCUAUCUUUUUGGACACAAAGCUACCCGAGGCACAAAAAAGUUUUAGAAAUUAGCACUUAAAGGUAUAAAUGAGUUACCGACGAAGAUGUAUCGUCUGUUAAAGACGCAAAAAGUCAAUCUUUCAGAAAAAAUAUUUUUCAUAUUAACCUGAGAACUGAAAAAAAAAAUUAUAUUUCGUAAUAGUUCACUUUUUUUUUAAUCGACAUUUCCUGUUUUAGCAUAUGAUUUAGCAAUGGACGAACUCUCCAGACACAACACUGUUUAAUGUUACAGGUAGCAUUCAGUAAUAUAGAAACAUUGUUUCUUGGUUGUAUCCAAACUUUAAGAGGAAAAUAGAUUAUAUAUUUUUUGUAGAUUAAUUCUGUCCUUGCACCUAAUUUAUGGAUUAAAUGACUUUAAUAAUA